UUCGGUAAACUUCACCCAUUCCAAACGCUGCACUUUGCCGUCCUACCAGCGGCGGCGGCGGCGGCGGCGGCGAAAGGAAAGCCCUCGCAGCAAAACAAAAGCGGGCGCGGCGGCGAGGCUGGUCGGUCGGCGGACGAGGAGGCAGAAGAUGUGGUGCCAGUCGUGCAAGGAGGAGUACGAAGAAGAGGACGCCGGGACUUGCAAGGAGUGCUACGAGGAGGCGAGCGAGACGGAGGAGGAGCUCAAGCGCGAGAUCGACGACCUCCGCUCCCGCCUCCUCUUCCUCCGCCUCCCUUCUCCCACGCUCGACUCCGCCUGCAUCGCACACUCCGACCUCCUCCUCCACGCCAUCCCCGCUUCCUCCUCAUCGCCCUCCAGCGCGGGCGCCGGCGACUCCGAUGCCGCACGCCCCGACACACCCGCCGUCCCCGCCCACCGUGUCAUCCUCGCCAGCAGAUCUCCUGUUUUCCGAGCAAUGCUUGAAAAUGAGAUGGAAGAGAGUCGGAGUGGCAUCAUAAAAAUCUAUGAUGUGUCUUAUGAUGUCCUUCGUUCGUUUGUUCAUUACAUGUACACAGGAGAAGCACUCCUAGAUGAGCAAAUGGCAUCUGAUCUCCUGGUGUUGGCUGAGAAGUAUGAAGUAAAGCAUCUGAAGGCCUACUGUGAAAAGUUCAUAACAUCCAAGGUGAACAAUGAUAACGCCAUUGCCCACUAUGCCUUUGCGCAUCGCCACAGUGCAAAGCAGCUGCUUGAGGCCUCCCUUUCUGUCCUCAUGGACAACAUGUCCACACUAGCGGAUCGAGAAGAAUACAAGGAGCUUGUGGAGAAGGACCCAAGGCUCGUUGUGGAGAUCUAUGAGGCCUAUCUCAACCGACAAGUCAACACUGCUGCUGGGAAGGACACAGAUUGCAGUUGUAGGAAGUGAUAAUGAAAAACAAAACUGUUUAGAGUAGUAGUAUUGUAACCAUGCAUUUGCGUAUUCAUGUAGGCAAGACUUGAACAUUAAAUUCUCCUGCAGCUUAGAUGCAAAACUGCUAAUUCUGGUUUAUCAUAUAGGGUGUUGCUGAUGAUACUGUGCUCUACUGUUGAUGAAAUGUGAUGUACUGGCAUCUUCAUGUAAUAUAGUUAACUAGUGUGAUGGGCAUUUAACAUUCAAGGUAUGCACAAGACCUUGAUCUUA